AUGGACGAUCAAAUUCAACGGCUAGUCGAUAAAGUAUGGACGAAGUUGCUCUCAACCCCGCCAUCCUCACGCUACAUGGUCGCCAUCAGUGGCAUUCCCGGUUCGGGCAAGACUUCUCUGGCGAAAGUCAUGACUCAGAAGACAAACGCCCACUAUGCAAAGGAGCAUCCGGACAAACCGCCAGUCGCUACUUGGAUAGCUAUGGACGGGUACCACCUUACGCGGGCCCAGCUGGCAGCCAUGCCAGAUCCCGUGCAUGCUAUGGCCAGACGCGGUGCAGCUUUCACUUUUGAUCCCGUAAAGUUUACCCAGUUAGUUCGGUUGUUGCGCGCGGACAUUGGGGCGGAAUCAGCGACGAUAUACGCUCCCAGCUUCGAUCACGCGGUGAAGGACCCUGUGGAGAACGAUGUUCCCAUUCCGGCAACGGCGAGGGUGGUCUUUUUCGAGGGAAACUAUCUCAGCUUAAACAAGGAGCCGUGGACGGAGGCCGCAAGGUUGAUGGAUGAGCUGUGGUUCGUGGAGGUGGACUUUGAGGUAGCGAGGAAGCGGCUGGUGAAGAGACAUGUCGAGGCGGGGAUUGCAAAGGACGAAGCGGAGGCGGAUAAGAAAGCGGUGGAAAGCGAUUUGGUGAACGGGAGGGAGAUUGUAGAAAACAGGUUGGAUGUUGCAGAGGUGAUUGUGAGUCGAGAAGAUGCGGGAUGGUUAUAG